UUGAGACCCUCUAUCCCCCGUCUACGGAGGGAGCAAGAGUCCUCAUUCCCAACAUACAAGAAUUCUACCCGACCAGCUUGGAACGCGAGGGCCAUCCGAUAAAUCAACAACCUUUUCCAACCUUUGGGUUGAACGACUUACUUGGAGGUUUGGAGGACACUGACUCCUUGGUUGACCAAUUGGUAUCCGACUUAGGUCCUAACCCAGUGUCAUCAACUCAUGCUCCGGCAACCACUUUGGCCUCAUACACCGUACAGACCGAACCUACGGUGAUCAAGCAGCCGAUGACGAUUCCAACUGUGAUCAGCACGGCUAGCAUCACACACCCCGAGACUCCAACCAGCACUACGGCUCCUCAGCCAACUACUUCGGUCAAAGAAAGUGCUUUCUCCUCUGACGGUUCCUAUACGAGUGAGACCCAUACAAUCUCGCCUGAGAACACCAGUGAGCCUGUACCAGAAGCCCCCAAAGGUACCAAUUCAGCCAUGACCGGUCAAGAUGUCUUCGUGCCGGUCUCGACUGGAGGGAUUCCAUCCAGCAUCAAGUCGCGUGAUGACCACCUAGUAUCCAGAUGGGCAAUUGACAAUAAAACAACCCCGAUUGAAACAAACAAAUUCUACGCUGGGCUCUUUCUAGGAACGCAGACAAACGCCACCUUCACACACCCAUACACGGUUGCGUGGGCAAAGGGCUGGGGGAAUGCAUCCAGCUUUGGCAUGGCCGUCUCGCAUACUGAACUGGAUAAGACCUCCCAGGGCCCGCAGAAUACGAACAUUCCUGGAAACCCGAUCUCCAACUACGUCAAUGCAAUUGGGAUCCAGUCUGUGAUUUUGUCGGCGGCUGAAUUGAAAGGCUCAACGUUGCUUACCACUGAAAACCCUUUGCCUUUCUCAGCUAAUGCAGUCUUGCGACCUGACAAUGGGUCAACCUCACGAAUCACUUUCCCAGUCGUGCAAGGUAUGGGUUUUGUGACUGGCAUUUACACCAAUCUCCAGCCUCUUAUCCAAAGCAGUAUCUUUUUCCGACAUGUUGUUCCCGCUGGGUCACCAAGACCGGGUAUCUACAAAUACCGGUUGACUAUGGAGGACAACAUGACCUGGCUGCUUUAUGCAAUCCCGCAAAACGGCAAUGAUCCAAAAUUCAAACUAGAGUCCAUGAUUGACCUUUGUGGGCCUUCCGGAUGGUCUGGUAUACUGCAAGUGGCCAAGAACCCGCAGGGCCCUUUGGGAGAGAAACUUUUCGAUAAUUCAGCCGGUGUGUUUGCGACCGAGGGCGUUGUCUCAGGUUAUGUGUCCCAGGAUGUUGGAACAUAUAGUCUCGCUUGGGCAAAAUCAGGCAAAGAUGUUCAGAGCACACCUCUACUGAUGUUUGCUCUGCCGCAUCAUGUUGAAUCGUUUGACAACAGCACACGAAGCCGUAUGACCAGUAUUCAGCUCCGGACUACCACCAAAGGUAAUGCAACAGCUGUUGUUGGAGAGAUCUGGAAUAUGAAUGAGCCUGGUCUCCCAAUCGAUAUGGGCUUUGCGCCCUGGUCCGUACAAAAUGGGAGUGCCAACGGGCUUUCCGACACAGCCCGAAAGACUAUCAUCGAUACCGCACCAGUCGAGCUCGAUCAGGACAUGGAUGGGCAAACGAAUUUGAGCAGCAUGUACUUCAGCGGCAAAGCUCUAAGCAAGUUUGCUACUAUGGUGUACACGGUCGACAAGCUUGCAAACAACCCAACACUUGCGGCUCCUGCUCUCGACAAGCUGAAAAAAUGCUUUGCUCGAUUCGUGGACAAUCAGCAGCAGUUCCCGCUUGUCUAUGACAAUGUUUGGAAGGGCGUGGUAUCUUCGGCUAGCUAUGUAGCAGGCGACCCCAACACUGAUUUCGGCAACACCCUGUACAAUGACCAUCAUUUCCAUUACGGAUACUUUAUUCACGCGGCGGCCAUCAUCGGGCAUCUGGAUCCGUCCUGGCUUUCGGCCAAUAAAGACUGGGUUAACAUGCUGGUCCGCGAUGCAGGUAACGCCGCCACGAAUGAUCCUCAUUUCCCCUUCUCGCGGGGGUAUGAUUGGUUUCACGGACACUCUUGGGCGAAGGGGCUCUUCGAAUCCUUCGAUGGGAAAGACCAGGAGUCGACAUCGGAAGAUACCAUGUUUGCGUACUCUCUGAAGAUGUGGGGUAAGACCAUUGGCGAUGCCAGCAUGGAGGCACGCGGAAACUUGAUGCUUGGGAUCUUGCGACGGACGCUCCGCAACUAUUUCCUGAUGGAAAGCGACAACAAGAACCAACCGGCCAACUUUGUUCCUAACAAAGUCACCGGUAUUCUCUUCGAGAACAAGGUCGAUCAUACCACAUACUUUGGUGCAAAUGCCGAGUUCAUUCAAGGAAUCCACAUGUUGCCUUUGUUGCCGUCGUCUCCAUACACGCGCAGUCAGAGAUUCGUGGCCGAGGAAUGGAACGCCUACUUCGCGUCGAAUGCCUCUACGCCUGCAGAAAAGGUUGCUGGUGGAUGGAAAGGAGUUCUGUACGCCAAUCUCGCUCUGAUUGAUCCUAUUACUUCGUGGAAAUUCUUCUCCCAGCCACAAUUCGAUUACGGAGCUAUUGAUGGUGGAACGAGUCGCACUUGGUAUCUGGCCUUUGUGGCAGGUGAGUUGGUCAAUGCGAACAUUCAUUAGCAGUCUUUACUGACCAUAUCCCAGGACUUGGUGGCGCCCCAUUGUAGUCGACUGAUCCCUUCUUGCUGAUGAAGUGCAAUCUCAAUGACCUUGAUGAUCUUGAUCUCGAUGGCUUUAUUUCUUUGUGAUCUUUCCUUGCUAGUGGUUAUGGUUCACGUUUCCAUUCAGCGUUUCUAUGCCAGUCCUCUCUCCGGAUGUUGGCCACGUUCAUACCUGUCCAUAUUGCAGUCUCCGUGCACAGUUAGCCAUAGACAGUGAUUAUUCUACGUUUCCUCUCGACAUCUCCACGUAUAUAGAACAGUAAUCUAGUCAGAAUUAGUCGAUAAAACCGCGAAAUGCAGCCACGUUGACUGCGCAUGGAUCAAGAUCCGAUCCCACUCAGCAAACCCGUCAGGCUGGGAUAUGCAGGCUACGUGGACGGAUGAUAUCCAAAUCAACUCCUGAAUAACCCG